AUGGGUGCUUCAGGAAAGUGGGUUAAAGCAUUAAUAGGUCACAAGAAGCUUGAAAAAGAAGACCAUGAUAAUAAUAAGCCUGCGGGAAAAAGCAAAAAAUGGAAGCUAUGGAGGAGCCCAUCUGGAGAUCUAAGUGGGUCCUCAUGGAAAGGGUUCAGAGGGAACCACCGUAGAAACGGUGGCGGCUCCGAAUACUCCGAUUCUGCUUCCAUCAACAACGACGCCUUCACGGCGGCUGUAGCCACCGUCGUCAGAGCUCCGCCUAAAGAUUUCAAAGCUGUGAGGCAAGAAUGGGCCGCUAUCAGAAUCCAGACUGCCUUCCGUGCAUUUCUGGCAAGAAGAGCUUUAAGAGCAUUGAAAGGACUAGUGAGGCUUCAGGCUUUAGUCAGGGGAAGACAGGUGAGAAAGCAGGCUGCUGUGACCCUUAGGUGUAUGCAGGCUUUGGUUAGGGUUCAGGCUCGUGUUAGAGCUCGCCGUGUCCGAAUGUCGAUGGAAGGUCAGGCUGUUCAGAAGAUUCUUGAUGAACAUCGUAUUAAGGCCAAUCGCUUGAAAGAAGCAGAGGAAGGAUGGUGUGAUAGUAGAUUGACGUUAGAAGAAGUUAAGACAAAGAUACAUAUGAGGCAAGAGGGAUUAUGCAAGAGAGAACGAGCACUUGCUUAUUCCAUUGCACAAAAGUGGAAAUCUAGUCAGAAUUUCGAUACCCGAACGCAUGUCUCAGUUCCAUCUCUCAAAAGUCAUGAAUUUGACAAGGGUAGCUGGGGAUGGAGUUGGUUGGAACGUUGGAUGGCGGCAAAGCCAUGGGAAAAUAGACUCAUGGAACAAGCAAAUAAUGAUGCUUCUGAAAAGACACCACCAGUUAAGACCUGUGUGGAUUCUUCCAAGGGAAACAGAUCAAGGUCAUCUGAACUUGGCCAAGUGAAGGUCAAGAAGAACAAUGUCAGCACCAGAAUUUCGGCUAGGCCUCCUCCUUCAGCUGGAUUCGGUACACGUUCGUCCUCAAGCCCUAGUUCUGAAUUUAGAUAUGACGAGAGCUCAGCGUCGUCUUCAAUCUGCACAUCGGCUACCCCUGUGUCCGGAAACACUCCUUUGACAUCGGAUAAGAAUGAACUGAGCAACAAAAGCAAGCCAAGUUACAUGAACCUCACUGAGUCAACCAAAGCUAAACAGAGGAAUCAAAGGAUUCAAAGGCAGUCUAUGGAUGAAUUUCAGUUUCUUAAGAAGUCUGGAGCAUUCUCUAAUGUGGAUUCUAAAAGCAGUAUCGGUUCUGAUAAUUAUUCAAUCAACUUCUCUAGGCCACUUUGCCAGCCUACUCGAAUGGAGAAGUUCUCAGCAAACUUGUCUGAAAGGGAUAAUUGCUUCUACCAGUAG